AGGAGGUAUCUACAUCAGUGGGAACAGUUUGAUCCCUUUGUUCCAGUGUGAUGGGCAAUGAACAUUCAGAAUAUGAACGGUAGAAAAAUCUCAACUUAUUUUAUUUUAUAGUAUUAUCAUAUAAAAGUUUCUUCUAAGCUUGAGACCUGUAUGUCCCACUGCCUGUGGGAAUCUCUUGGAUUUCGGCAAACAUCUGUGGGCCAAAGCAGACACUGCUUCUCUCCUGCUGAAGAUUUUUCAAUGGAUUUCCAUCACCUACAAAAUAAAACUGAAGCUCCUGCGCUUAGCGUAUAAGGCCCCCUGCGAUCUGGCCCCAGCACGCCUUCCUGUCCAUAUUUACCAUUCCCUUCCCUUCGUAAUACUCAAUUACUAAUAAAGCUCUCACAUGUGACGUUAGCAUCUCUGGGCUUUGGCUCUUCACACGAAACUCUCCCCCUUUGUUACCUGGUGAUAUUUUAUUUACCCAGGCCCCUACUUAGGCAUCCCUUGCAGGAAGAAAGCCUUCACUGAACCUCACCAUUGGCCUGAAUGCCCUUAGGCUGUACUCUCACAGCACCCUAUGAGUUUCUCAAUUUUUUUACCACCUUCCUUUUUAUAUUUCAGUGAUCUGUUAUUUGUCCAUCUCUCACUUUAACAAUCUAAGCUGGGAGAGAGGCUGGAUCAGAUCAUAGUUAACUUUUUAUUCCUAGUGCUUAGGUCAAUACCUAGCAUAGAAUAUAUUUUUUUUAUUUAAAUCAACUGACCUGACUUUCUUCUGGUUGGUUAUGUUCUGAGGCCCUGUCACUGAACUUGGUCUUUUAUCUCAGAAGUUGAAGGUCCCCCUAGAGCCAGCUGCAAAGUUCCCAGAGCACUAAUAACACCACAGCCAAUUAACCACAGAGCAGGCUGCCCCGCGUCAGUAUCCCAAAACACCACAUCCAGGGCUCCGAGCAGGAGCAGGAGAACAAUGGAAGCCGCCCGGUCCAGAUGCCUGUUUCUGUUACUGCUCUUCACCUGCAAGCUGUCCCCAGAGGUUGCUGCAGAAGUUCAGGAAUCCUCAGAUGGUGCCGGUGUCUCCCAGGAAGCUGUGUGGCUCACAGAUGUCCCAGCUGCCAUGGAAUUCAUCGCUGCUGCUGAGGUGGCUGUCAUAGGCUUCUUCCAGGAUUUAGAAAUACCAGCAGUGUCCAUAUUCCGUAGUAUGGCGCAAGAUUUCCAAGACGUGUCAUUCGGAAUCAGCACUGAUUCUGAGGUUCUGGCUCACUACAACGUCACUGGGAACGCCAUUUUCCUCUUUCGGCUGGUGGAUAACAAGCAACUGGAUUUAAAGAACGAAGACAUCGAAAACAUUGAUGCCACCAAAUUAAGCCUUUUCAUUGAGACCAACAAUCUCCACUUGGUGACAGAGUACAACGAUGUGACUGCGGUUGGCCUGUUUAAUAGCAUGAUUGAGAUUCAUCUUCUACUGAUGAUGAACAAGGCCUCCCUAGAGUAUGAAGAAAGCUUGCACAGAUACCAGGAGGCAGCUAAGCUCUUCCAGGGGAAGAUACUUUUUAUUCUGGUGGACAGUGGUGUGAAGAAAAAUGAGAGGGUGAUAGCAUUUUUCAAACUUAACGUGUCUCAGCUGCCCGCGCUGGCAAUUUACCACACUGUGGAUGAUGAGUGGGACACGCUGCCCAUUAUGGAAGUUGCAGUAGAGCGUGUGCAAAACUUUUGUGACGGAUUCCUAAAAGGGAAACGGUUGGUAAGUGUGAGACUACAGGUAAAGCCAAUUGAGCUUUCUUCCUCUUUAUGUCCCUUUUAUUUCCUGUUGAGUAAGAAUUCUACUGGAUUUGAUUAAGAGCAAAAAUAUAUGAGGAUAUGGUGGUCAGAGUCAGGAUGCUGGUUAGAUUACAGUUAUGGGAAAAGAACUACAAAAGCACUUUUGGAAAGGUCUUGCGUAUUCAAAGGAGUUGAAUUUUGCUUCUCAACAUUCUGUUUACAGUAUCAAUGGGAAACAAAUCAACUUGCCUAUAAAGAGUUCAUGAAAUAAAAAUUGAAGAUGGAUUUACGACUUCCGGGAGUGGUUAAAUAGCUCAGUUUGCUAAUCUCAGAGCUCAAAAACAAGAGUGGAUUCCAAGUCUAAAUUUCAGUGUCAUGGUGUUUUUCAGAAACAAAAUCCUGAAUCAGAAGAAAAAACUCCAAAGGUGGAACUCUGAUUUCUCCCUGACACUUCCGCGUAUUACCAAGUAUCAACUUUACGCUGAAUAAAAAGGGGCAACUCAAACCUCAGAGACACUAAACAACAGGAUCCUCAGGCCCGCAGACACACACGCACUCAGCUGCAUUUUGCUCCUUAAAAUCCCAUUUGAUCUCUUCUCUUUUCUUUUAAACUUCCCAUACUCACGCACUAUCCAUCCAGUUUUCUCUUAUGCAUUCAUACUGCACAGGCCCACGCACUAUAGCACCACUAUAAAAUCACUGGAUGGAGGAUUUAAGAGAAAUACUGCGAACCACUAUGAAGGAGAGACUUUCCUAGAGGGAGAUUGUUCUGAUUCAUCAUUUAAUAUUGAAUUUCUACACUGCACAUCUUACAGCAUGGCUUCUGCUCUUUUAGGAUUCCCUGAGGGUGGAAACUCUACUUUCCUCGUAAGCACAUGUUCCUCUCUCACUCAGGACCAAGAACAAAAGGAUGAUUUUAAACACCUUUCUGGAAUUUUCUUUUUGCCAGAAGUUAAAUGAUAAUUCCAAGUUUCCGAACUCAGCAGAAACAGGCCAUUUAAAAACUCUGUGUUUAUUUAGCAUUUCUAACUCCCCCUGUAAAUCAACAACCACAUAAUAAAUAAAAAGCAACAAUGUUAUAGGAAAAGACUGGCAUCUCUUUGCAGGCCCAACCUUUUCCAAACACCCAGUUGCCCGACUAAGCAGCAUGCACCUCACCUUUCGAUGCCCACUGUUUAGUGUCAGGCCGUGAGCCAUUAAUGUGUUAUUGUUCACUCUGUGGGU